ACAAAUACCUCACUCUCCCGAGGCGUUUAUCUCUCCUCACUAGUCUCUUCAAUCUCUUGAGUUUUUAGGGUUUUUGGGUUCUCCCUGGGGCCCUGAGAUUUCUUACGAAAAGAAUCGAGGGUCGUUUUCACAAUUGGACCUUAAACAAGCAGCAAGCUCCGCCAUUAAAACCCACACCCGUUCCUCUGAUAUCUCUCUUAAGCCGUCGUUUGCCCUUUUCGUUUUCCUUUCGCUCUAAAUAUCAUCUGUUUUUUUCCUGAUUUUCUGACCAUGGAGCCGAGUUUACUCGAUGAUGGCGAGUUCUGGCUUCCUCCUGAGUUUCUCUCCGACGAGAACUUUCUGAUGGAGAAGGAGAACAAGGUGUUCAGGGGCAUCGACAACGGUGACGCGUUCGGGUUCUGGAAAGGUGGUGGUGGUGGGUCCAAGUUGUCGUCCCCGUACGAGUCCCGCCCUGGGUUCGCGGCCCUCGGGUUAAACUCGAGUCACGGCUCUCCGGUCGAGUCUCUUGUCGGUUCGGCGGAGACAGAGAGUGACGAGGAAAACUACAUCGCUGGGUUGAUCCGUCAGAUGGCUAACUCUACCUUGGAAGAUGAUUUGUCCGGUGGAUUUGGUGGUCACCACAAUUUCUUAGGAGAUGACUACUCAAAGGGGUUGAAUCAGUCAGGUUCGCCGCAAUCUACUCUCUGCGGCGGCGGAGUCAGUUGCGGUUGUCGGAAUCUGUCUGCUCAGAACUGCCAGGAGCGAGUCCCUUCGGCGGCGUGGAAUCUUUACUGCGCCGUCGCCGAGGAAAUGGCCAGGACGAAAAUCAACGCCGACCCGUAUGGCUUCAAUCAUGGCGGAAGAGGACCUCUCGGUCCGCACAGUAAGCCAUCUCCGGUUCCCGUCGCUGCUAAAAACCCUAACAUCGGCUCCGGCUACUACAACCAACCUUCCCUUCCUUACCAGAAGCUUCAGGCUAUCCAGUUUCAGCAACUGAAGCAGCAGCAGAUGAUGAAGCACCGUCAAGUGAUGCAGAACAGAGGAAGGAUUAAUGGAGCCAACAAUGGACGUUCUGUGGGCUUGUAUCCAUCUGCAUGGCCUAAUCUGCAACAUGUGCAGAAUCCCCGUGACGGGUCAGCCAUGCAGGCCGUCUUCCUGGGCAACCCCACCGGAAAACGUGGGUCGACCGGCACGGGUGUUUUCUUGCCCCGCCGUAUUACCCCUACUCCUUCCGCCACCGUGAACCGGAAGAAGCAGACUCUUUCGACGGUGUUGGUUCCGGCGAGAGUGGCUCAAGCCCUGAAUCUGAACCUGGACGACUCGGCGGCGCAGCCUCAAUUGCACCCUCAGGCCGGUGUUAGUGAUGCCUCGUUAAGGCAGAGGAGCAACAAUGGCGGAAUGUCGGGGCAGAAGCGCGGGGAAACCAGGCCAGUGGUGCCAUCGAACGAGAUUCGGUUGCCUUCCGACUGGUCUUACUGAAUCUUUUGGCUUCUGGGUUUGGGUGAUUUGGGUGUUUUAGGUUAAGAUGAAAAGGUUUGAAGAUUUUGCGGAUUGAAAAAAAGAAGAUAGAACUCUAAAGAUGGUGCGGAGUAGUGGGUAAAAGUAGUGUAAUAGUUGGAACUAGGGAUAUAGAUAGUGGUGCAAGUUUAUGCAGAAGAUGAACAGUGUUGGGUUGAAGAAAUAAAAGGAAAGGGACAGGGACGAGGUUUUGGUCCGUGUUCCAGCGUGAAUGGCCGACAUAGGAGCCUGAGAGGAGAUUUUUUUUUUUGUUUUGGUUUUUUCUUUUGAAUAAUAUUUUUCUGGUAAACUGAUGGGCGUAGAACAAGGGAAGGAGGAAGCAGAAGAAAGACGAGGGCUUUUGAUUUUUGAUUUUAUGGGUUAGCCGACGGGAGAUUGAUUUUUUGUUUGUGAAAUAUCACUCUCUAAAUCUUUUCUUUCCUC